ACCAUUGGUUCGGCAUGCUUGACCUCGGAAGCAAAGCAAAACACGACUGUGUUCAACGGUAGAGUUUUGUUCCUUCGCGAUUAUCAUAUAUAUUUCUGUUCUGGAUCAAUUUAGUAUUGCUGCCAUGACUUGGUAAAAUCCUCAGACGACAUGAGUAACAGAACUGUAGGAGAGAGAGAGGAUCCGUCUAGCACCAUAUCCUCCAGCCCUGCCGUCAACCUCCACAGCCAUGCUGUCCAUAGUCAUUUAUAUCAAGAGCAACUGCAAGCAGCAUCGAAGACGUUAAACCAGACAAUGGUACCAAUAAACCUGUCCAGUGGGAAAGCAGCUGAAGGGGCAAGUUUAGCCAUUAUUCCUCAAGCUUUACUUUCGGCCACCACAGGCAUAGAAAUACCCAAGUCUAUGGCCAGUAUGAUUUCCACACCUGCCAUCUCUACACCUUCCUCUCUACCCCUCAUCAGCUCUGCCAGUACCCCAACCAUCCCCCAGGGUAGCAUUGUCCAGAUCAGUCCUGGAUCAGCAGCCAGUGUCAGCUCUAUCUUAAGGGGUGGUACUGCCCAAAAUCCGGGGUUUGCUUCUCAUCUACCCAAAGGAGCUAUGGCGGCUGCGUCAGCAUUAGCUGGACCUAAGUCCAUGACAGCCCUGCCAAUGGUGAGACAUCCAACUGUCAACCUACAGAGCCCUGGUACUAAGGUGCAGACCGCCUCUCUCAUCAGAUCAACCACACCCCCAACUUCCAAAUCCCCUACCCCAGGGGUAACCAUUUCUGUUACACAGGCCAACGAAGGAACAAGGACAAAUGUCACAGUACAGAGCACGGCCGCUGCCCCACAGGGCAGUAUCCAAAUAACUCUGCAAGCCCCUCGCCCUGCCGGAGAAGGACCUUCCAAGUCCUCCACCAUGCAGAGAACAAUAGAUGUCCAGAAACCUCUAAUUCAAGCCUUGAGAACAACCACUGUGGAUACAGCCCCCAAAACAAUAAUUACAACCCAAGUUCGACCUGUUGUAGACGCCACAGUGAAAUCUGUGAUAGCAGGCUCCUUUCAUGCUAAACAAGGCACGAGGCAUACCGUUGAUCCUGUCAUCCGGCCACCAAAGACUAUACAUGUGCCGCAGACCUCGGCUCUCUCGGGGUCUAAAGUGUUGCUGACUCAGGCUUCUAAUUCCUCCGUGUCUCCUCACAAUCUAGUGGCAAGUCAACUUAAAACCAACAAAGGUAUCACCAUCCCUUCAUCCUCUUCUGCGGCAUUAUCUGUGGCAUUGUCUUCUGUUACCACGACAACCACAGCCAUUCCUAUAGCAAAAGUACCCCCCGUGAGACAGCCUCCUUUGUCUCUGGCCCCCCACACAGUCAGUUCGACCCUCCCAGUUACCCCCAGCACCCUGGACAGACAGAGACUGGAGACGUCCAAUCCCGGGACAGCACCGCUGACGGCCCACUCCACAUCUACUGCCAGUCUGUUCAUGCCUCACCGAACUCAGCCCAGUACCUCUCUCACAGCUCCAUCAACUCUCACUCACACAGAAAGGCCAGCCUUGUCCAGUCAGCUUUACCCUUACUUUAUUCCCCCUGAUUACUUAAUGCACUAUCAGAUGCAGGCUCUGGCAAAUGCACAGCCAAGUGUACACGCAAUUCCUACAAUAUCCACGUCAUCAAACAUCAGAACAGGGUUACUGCCAACUCAAACUCCAAAUUUAACAGCAUCAUUGCAAGCAGCACACACAUUUUCUGGAACAGCAGGGGCAGCUGUGCGUUUUAAUCAGUCUCAGCCAGUGGUGGUUACCAUGGACACAAUCAGAGCACAGCAAGCAUUGUCUGGAAACCUUCCAUUUACAGCAUCAACAACUGUUCCCGAAACAACAGCCCGUCCGACCACUCCAACGGAAAGUAUACCAACUUUAUCAUCACCUGCUGCAGCAGCCAUCCCCAUCCCUGCUUUAACAGUCAUGGGACAGUGUAAUCCCAUGCCAAAUUAUCCGUCAACUCCAGUGACGCCUCAGAAUUCUCAGUCCAACAGCAGCAGUACCCCAGUCAGCACCCCUAAUGCCUCUCCAAGGCCCAGCAUUCUCAGAAAGCGAACCAAUGAAGGACCUGUGAAGAAACCAGUGUGUGGUCUUAACACGAUGGACAGACACAGUCCCCGCCCAGAUUCCAGGACAGACUCCGCCCCUCAAUCCAAUACUAGCUCCCCCAAAACUCCAGUAACUCCUGCUGGUGAAAGUCAGUCAUCUACUGAUACAGCAUUGUCCAGUGAGGCCACAACACCAACACAGAAUAACAUGGCGGACCUCAAAAUCAAGCAGGAACCUAUGGAUGGUCUAGAAAAUGGUUUGUCUGCAGCAAUAAGUAGCAGUAUUGCCUCUUUGUCCAACUCUUUACCCAACAGUAUGGAUGCUUCACCUAGGAAGAAACCACGAAAACAACUUCUGAAUGCUAAUGAGGAGUUUAAGGACGCUGUGUCCUCGGAUGAGGAGAAGGUGGCUAUAGAGAAUGUGAAGGAGGAGGAGGAGGACAUUGUUGCUGAAUUCAGGGAAGAAUUUGUGGACGAGGAGGGUGUUCGAUGGACAGUUGAAAAAUGCCGACCAAAUGUUUCCCUUAUGAACUUUUAUAAUAUAUCAUGGAAACCUAGAAAUAAUCAUUUUAAUAGACAUACAGACAUUAAACCUAAAGAAGAGCGAAGACCCACAGUUAAUGAACUAGCCAAUCAGAGAGGAGCUUCUCAGAAGGCAAGUGGCUGGAAGCUGUAUCACAUGGCAGCACAGAUGGAAGAUCUGAAUGAUCUAGAGAAGACACUACUAAGCAAACUAUCUUCUGUACAAACUACCCUGACACCGCGUCAUCAGAAUAAACUCAGCAUGGUGUGUGUGGAGGACGAGCUCAGUAUGAUGCACGAGUUAACUCAGGCCAACAUUCAAAGAUGCAAACUCAUAAUGGAUCAACUUGAGGAAUCCAGAACAAAUAUGUUAAAAGUGCUGGAUCAUAAACAGAAAAUAUCGGAAAUUAUCAAUAAACAUGUCAGUAAGAGACCAAUCAAAAAGAAGGAAAGAUCAUAGCAUUGACCAAUCGGUGAAAGGAUACCAGAUUGACCAAUCCAUGGAUGACAACUUACAACCUGAUGACAAAAAGACAUUGCUGACCCUCUCUUAAUGCAUGUAUAAUGUACCUAAAAUUUCCACCCUGUGUAAAAAGACAGGUUUAUUUUUUUUAAAAAGAAUGCUUUAAAUAGCAUCUGGUUCAUUGCAAUUAUUUUUAAUGAAAUCCAAAAUUCAGUGAAGAAUGAACAAGUUCCCUAUGAAAACAUUAGAUGCAGAGUUGUAUGUGUUAAAGGCUGAAGUGGUAAUAAUCUCGUGGGGCUGCAGGGUCUGAUUAAUUGUUUACCUUCAUUAAAUGUCCUUGUUAUGCAUCAGUGUAGUUUUAUCAUUUUGAAAAUCAUUUGUUGCAUCAUGACAGAAAAAAAUUGUCUAUUUUCUCUCAUUUUAUUUAUUUUGUCAUCCGACAUGUUACACAUUUUACUCCUACUCUGCCACCAAGUUAUGAAAACAGGAGGUUUUUAGAAAUAGUAAGUAGACUAUAAAGUGUGGGGUGUGUACAAAAGUAGAAAUUUAUAAAUCAGGUGUGACUACUAGAAGUAGUACUAAUGGUUUACAAAUGACUGAUAUACUAGUGUUUGUUCAGUAUACUAGUGUUUGACUGAGAUACUAGUGCUUGAUUGGUAUACUAGUGUUUGAUCGAUAUACUAGUAUUUGACCGGGAUACUAGUGUGCUUGACUGGUAUACUAGUUUUUGAUCGGUAUACGAGUGUUUGACCGAGAUACUAGUGUUUGAUCAGUAUACUAGUGUUUGAUGGGUAUACUAGUGUUUGAUCGGUAUACUAGUGUUUUGGAGAUUAACAGAUGGUUGUUGCAUUUAUUGUCUGACAGCUAAGCAUCACAUUGUAUAUUUCUUUUCAUUUUUUCAUGAAAAAUAUUAAUAAAUUGAAAAAAUUUAA